GCGACGCUGGCCGACGGCUGCACGCAGGGAGCCGCUGCGCAGCAGAAAGAGGGGGGCAGAAGCCGAAUGGUGGAGCUGAAGAUGGCGGAUGGCGACAGCGGGAGUGAGCGCGGUGGAAGUAGCGGAGGAGGCGGCGGCUUCCAGCACUUUCAGAGGGACCAGGAGACCCAGGAGCUGGCGUCCAAGCGCCUUGACAUCCAGAACAAGCGCUUCUACUUGGAUGUCAAGCAGAACAGUAAAGGCAGGUUCAUUAAAAUCGCCGAGGUAGGGGCCGGGGGCUCCAAAAGUCGCUUGACCCUCUCGCUGUCAGUUGCGGCGGAGUUCCGCGACUACCUCGGGGAUUUCAUCGAGCACUACGCCCAGCUGGGGCCUAGCACUCCGGAGCAAAUAGCCCAGGCCACCGCGGGUGAAGACGGGGGGCCGAGGCGAGCUCUGAAGAGCGAGUUUCUCGUCCGGGAAAACCGCAAGUACUACCUGGACCUGAAGGAGAACCAGCGGGGUAGGUUCCUGCGGAUCCGGCAGACCGUAAACAGACCUGGCUUUGGGGUCGGGGGGCCCAUGGGUGGCAUGCUGUCCGGCCAGACCAUUGCCCUUCCGGCGCAGGGGCUGAUAGAGUUCAGAGACGCCCUGGCUAAGCUCAUAGACGAUUACGGGGGAGACGACGAGGAGCUGGCGGGGGGCAUGGCCGCCGGUGGCUACAGCGAGCUCCCCGAGGGCACCUCCAUCAUGGUGGACUCCAAGCGGUUCUUCUUCGACGUGGGCUCCAACAAAUACGGCGUGUUCCUGCGGGUGAGCGAGGUGAAGCCCAGCUACAGGAACUCCAUCACCAUCCCGUUCAAAGCCUGGAGUAAGUUCGGAGGAGCCUUCUGCAGGUACGCCGAGGAGAUGAAGGAGAUCCAGGAGCGGCAGAGGGACAAGAUGUACGAGAGGAGAGAGGAGUCCGAGGGGGACGACGUGGAGGACGACUGAGUCAGUUCCAGCAGCGGUGCAGCCUAGGGGUAUUUUUCACAAAAGAAGAAAAAAAAAAAGAAAGAAGAAGAAGCAGAAACGACAGAUAAAAGUGCAUGAUAAAUCGUGCUGUAAUAGCCUACUAAAGUAUUGUGGCGUUAAAAAAAAAAGUACAUGUGCAGGGACUUAUCGGUGUAUUAUCUCAAAAGUGUGUAGGGUUGAGGGCUGGAGUGGUUUGUGUGAUUCUCUGAAAGUGGACAAACAAAAAAAGUGCAAAUGAGAUAUUUCUCAUCGGGUUGGGGG